AUGGUGUCCAGUGGAGAUUUACGAACACCUCAGUUCAACGGUGUGAACUAUGACUUUUGGGCAGUAAAGAUAGAGACAAUCCUCAUAGCAUUUGAUCUAUGGGAUGUAGUUGAGUUUGGCAUCAAAUCAGGUUCAAGUGUGAAAGAAGAAGAAUCUGAGAAAGAAGAUAAGAAGAAUGAUGAAACCGAGAGCAAAGAUGGUGAAACUAAGAGCAGCAUAGCUGAAGAAGCUAAUAAUGCACAAGGAGCAUGGAAUGUGCUGAAAAGAGAGUAUAGAGGUGAUAAGAAAGUGAGGUCUGUGAAAUUGCAAGCUGUGAGGGCAGAGUUUGAAUACAUGAGAAUGUCAGAAGGAGAAGGCUUAGAACACUAUCUUUCUAAGUUUUUUGAAGCUAUAAACAGUCUGAAAUCUCUAGGAGAAGAUGUACCUGAGAUUAGGAUUAUGCAGAAGCUCCUAAUGAGUUUAAAUAGGAGAUAUAAGUCCAUUGUCUCUAUCAUUGAAGAGACAAGGGACCUUGAUGUGCUGAAGGUGGAAGAAGUUAUAGCCUCUGUCAAAGUAUUUGACAAGAGGGAAGACCUGCAUGAUGAACAAGAUAAGAUUACAAGGACUGAAAAGGCAUUUAGUAGUCUCAAAAUGGGCUAUAAUCAUGCUGCAAACAAGGCUAUGCAGGGGAGAUCUAGUCCAAGAUGGCAGGGACAUGAUCAAAGGCAUGUGGGCUGGUCUCAAGGAAGAAAUGUGAAUAAUCAUCACAAUUUCAGUCACAACACAAACUGGAAUAACAGAACUGGAAGUAGCAGCACCAGUUCACAGCACAGAGGUGAAGGUAAUCAAACAAACACAAAGCCUCAAUGUUCUGUAUGUCAAAAAUUUCAUUUCGGAAUAUGUAGAUAUAAGGGGAAGCCUAAGUGUGGGAAAUGCAGUCGGUUUGGACAUUAUUCCAAAGACUGUGACAGCAACAAGCAGCUAGCUAAUAGUGCAAAGGAGGAAGAAGUGUGCACAAGCACUAUGUUUUAUGCAUGUCAUGCUGCCAGCAUAAAGAAUGAAGAUGUGUGGUUCAUUGAUAGUGCAUGUAGUAAUCAUAUGACCUCUCAAGAGGAGAAUUUAAUUGAUGUUGAUAGAAGUAUCACUUGCAAGGUGAAAAUGGGUUCAGGAGAUUUGGUUCAAUCCACUGGAAAAGGAACAUUAGUUCUUGAAACCAAAAAGGGCAGAAGAUACAUAAAUGAGGUGUUGCUAGUCCCAGGUUUGGAUGAGAAUCUACUUAGUGUAGGUCAAAUGAUGGAACAUGGUUACUACAUCUUGUUUGGGGGCAACAAGGCAGUAAUAUUUGAUAAUGAGAAACUAGAGAAUGUGCUUGCAAAAGUAAUAAUGAAGGGGAAUAGAUGUUUUCCCCUUGCACUGGAAUCUUUAACUCCUGCAGCUAUGAAAGCAUCAGUUAAUGAAGAUUCUUGA